AUGGCUUUCACUAUCGCCGCCUUGCGCACCCCGUCCACGGGCGGGCCUGCGGUCGGGAUGGUGACGAGCUCUGUCGUUUUCUCUGGGAUCGGGAUGCCCAGACAGUUCUGGGCGUUGAUCUCUGUGGCGUACUUGGUUGCAUCCUCAAUGCUGCCGUCGCUGCUCUCGACAAUCAGGUUGAGCAGAUUGCGGCACGGCUUGAUACUCGGCUUCUGGAUGGUAUGUGUGGACGGCGAGCAAAUUCGUAGCGGCGAAUUUUGUUUCUGUGUCGGCGAAUUCCCUGGCUCGUUAUCGUCGAACUCGAGCUGGAAGUCAUCGUGGUGCAUGUCCAUGACAAACUGGUUGUCGUUGGCCCGGAGGAACUUGUUGAGCUCUGCUCCAAAGUCCAUAUCUCCUAUGUCGUCGUGCUCAUAA